GUUUUCCUCUCUCUCUCCCGGGUAGUUAAACCAAGCUUCCUAUCUCUGGCACGGCCCAGAGGAGCGGGAAGCAGGCUGGGCGGGCAGCAACAGGUGGAGCCUUUGGGCCGGCCCUGCCUCUGGUUGGCUACCUGUGAGUUCAGCUCCUGGGAAACAAUGGUAUAUAUAGCCCAGACGCUCUGAGCCCCUGUGAAUAUCGCCAGCCGCAAUAGCAGCUUCGCUUUGGACCUGAACCUCAAAGGACUUCUACUUAACAGGGGGCAAUGCCCCGCUCCAGCAAUCCCAGCCCAGGGAUGUCCCGGGACAGCAGCGACUUCUGUGGUCUGAGCCCAGUGGAGACCCCAAGGGGCCGGAGGAAGUCUCCUGCAGAUAAGAGAGCCCAGUCCUUGGACCGGCAGGUUCCCAAGAAGGACUCUGAGUCCUUGAACUCCAAGUACCCCUCCGGGCCCACCUACAAGAAGGUGCUUCACCGGACAGCCAGCGAUGGGGACAGAGGUCCUGGGAGCCCGACUCACUUUGCAGAGGCCCAGGGAGCUGUGGCCGCAGCCUUCCCUCUGGGAGAGGAGAGCGAAUUUCUCCCCUGUGAGCUUGGGCCCCCAGAAGACACCAAGAAAGAGAAGCCCCGGAAGCAGACCCAUCAGAGCUGGGCGAGUGUGCUGCUGAGUCUCUUUUUCCCAAGGACUGGUGUAGAGGAGCCCAGAGAAAAGGCCAGCAGGAAAUCGAAAGGGAAAGGGCAGACCAGCAAGUUCCCAGAGGCGAGGGAGGAGCCAGGCCUCAGGAAGAAAUCCCAGGAGAAGAGGACCAGCCACAAGAAACACGGCCACAGGAAGCCUGCUGCUGAGGAGGCCACAGGGCCCCAGAGCUCAGGGGCGGACGGCCAAGAAGACAUACUGCCCGGCUUGGCUGCCUCGCGGUCCGAGGGAGUGGACCUGGGGCUGAUCUGCAGGGGGAGACCAGACCCUGAAGUUCUCCAGGCCUUGCCCGCCGAGGAAGGCCCUGCUGACUCCUCAGAGAGCUCUGCCCAAGGUGCAGGUCCCCCAUGGGAAGAGGACCCCCAGAAGCCUGACCAGGAUGAAGUCAUCUGGAAGAUUGUGGAAUUACUCAAGAAUGCCGGGGACCAUUUGGAGGAGCAGCAAGUCCCUCAGCUGGACUUGGCUCCUCAAAGAACAACGCCGCCCUCGAGGAAGAAAUCCCAGGAGAAGAAGUCCAGCCUGAAGAAAGCCUUGUCCCUCAAGAAGCCUGCCUCCGAGGAACCCAAGAGAGGGGGUGCAGCCACUGCCGUUGGCCCAGAAACGCGGCCCAAGAGGCCUGGCUACCUACCCCUGUGCAUUAGUGGCCAUCGGCCUUCUGUCUCCAGCAGCCAUGACUCGGAGGAGCCCGGAUCCCAGCAGGUCCUGUCCGUAGCCGGUGGGUGCCCACAUUCCUCUGAGCUCCACACCCCAGCCGAAUGUCAGGGACCAGCGGAGAGGACGCCGGGGGACAAAGCCUGGGAAUCCCGAGAAUUCAGGCGGAAGAUCCUGGCCCUGCUCCGAAGCUCAGAGGAAGAGAGAGGAGAACAGCAAGCUCAGGUCCAGGAGGCAGAGGAGGCUGGAGAAAACCCCGCCCCCGCCCGCAAGGGGAAGAAGGCCAACCUCCGGCGCACCUUUUCCCUCAGGAAACACGGCUCCAGGGAUUCCAAGAGAACAGAGGCGUCUUCGGGGACUCCGGGUGCUGCCAGCCCGGAGGCCCGGCCACCCAAGAGGCACGGCUUCCUGCCCACGUGCGUCGGUGGCCACAGAGCUUCCAUCCCCAGCGGCCCAGAAGACCCGGCGUUCCAGAAGCUGGAGGCUACAGGAGGGGAACCAUCCGGGACCCCAGAAGAGUCUUUACAGGCAGGAAGCCACCACGUACCAGAUGAGCAGCCUCUGCCAGAGAGAGCCUGGGAAUCUAAGGAAUCCGUCAUCCGUAAGUUGGUAGAAGGUCUCCAAGAGGUGGACAGUGACCUGGGGAGGCAGAUCCGGAAGUACCCCAGCUUCAAGAAGUUUUUUAAUGGGUUCUCAGAUGCCUCCCUCAGGAAGCUGGUGGCCACCCUGGACAGACAGAGGGCCCGCCUCUCAGAGGAAGACAGGAGCCCUGCCAGCAGACCGCCGCCGUGCGCCUUCGGCUCGCUGAACAAGUUUUCGGUCAACCACAGCUGCGCCAUCUGCACCCUCAUGCAGUCCAGAGGCCAGUACAAGGGACACAGUUAUGCCCACUUCCUGUCCAGGAAGGCCCAGCAGGACAUCACGAGCCUGGCUGGCCAGAGUCCAGACUGAAGGCCCAACCUCGCACCCGAGUUCUUUCGGACAAGUUAAGCACCGGCAGGAUGGACCAGUGCUUCCCGAACACGCCUGGAGAAUGGACAAGGAUGCCCUGCAUAGUCGGCGCUGUCUGAGAAUGAGUUCCCUCCUGGAGGCUAGGCCCAGGGGGUGGGCCCUGGGUUAGGGUUAGGAGAGCAGGCUUUACCCACUGAAUCGAGGAGAGGCCUCAACUGUGCACGCCACCAUCGUGAAGGAGGCCAACUGACUGACCUCUGCCUGGUCCAGCUUCCAAUGAGUCUUAGCUGGGGGUGUGUGUGGUUAUAGGUCAGAGGUCAACCUCAGGUGCCAGAUUUCAGUUCCAUCUGCCUUGUUUUCCUGAGACAGAAUCUGUCACUGACCUGGGCCUCGCCUAGUGGGUUUGUAUAAUGCUGAGAGCCCCAGGGAUCCGCCUGGUUCCACCUCUCCAGUGCUGACAUCACAACCAGGUGCCACCACACCCCAUGAACGAGAGUUGUGAUGACACGCUCCCAUGACCUAGGACACGCAGCCUUGCUCCUGUCCUGUGUGUUGUGGACAGGAACCAAGCUCCCAGCUGGUGAAGUGUCCCGAGAUGGCCCUCUGGUGGCCGAGUCUAUUCAUACAACUAUGAGGUAUGGGUGCAAAUGGCUCUGCCUUCCACCCAGCUGGCCAGUGACUCAGAUAGGGCCACUGACUCCCUGGGCCGUCAGCAGGAAGGUGUGGCCGUGGGCAUGAAAGCCUGGAUGGCAGACACAGUCUUGUUAGCCUUGGAGACUAUCUGGGGGCGCAUCGGGUUCAUGGGAGAGUGAGGGGAGGGAGGCCUGGGCUCAGGUGGGGCCAGCCUCAAGCCUAAAAUGGUCCAUUUUUUUUUAUUGCUUCAAGGUGUUUUUCUUGGUAUUCAGUGGCCUCUUCAUAGAUUUAUUUUGGGCAGUAUUCAGGGAUGCCACUGAUGUGCAAGAACUAAGUUUUGAAACGAGGGUCAGGAACCUUUAGUACAUCAUUUGUUUUUCUUUUUUUUAUUAUUUUUAUUCACCUCAUAUAGUCCAGGCUGGUCUUGAACUUCUGGUAAUUCUUCUCUGCCUAACAAUAGUUGGGAUUACAGGUGUGUGCCACCAUAUCGAACUAUACACAGUUUCUUCUAUUUAUGCAAAGAUUUUGUUUUUAUUUAAGUUAUGUAUAUGUGGGUUUGUGCACAUGAGUGCAGUGCUCACAGAGGCCAGAAGAGGGCACUGUAUCUCACAAAGCAGCUCAUGUUCAGUCAUUUCUCCAAACCUUGGACAUACUUUUUUUUUCUUUUGAUUUAUUUAUUUAUGUAUACUGUGUUCUCCCUGCAUAUUCAUAUGCAGGGCACAAGAUCUCAUUAUAGAUGGUUGUUAGCCAUCAUGUGGUUGCUGGGAAUUGAACUCAGGACCUCUGGGAGAGCCACUAAGUACUCUUAACUGCUGAGACAUCUCUCCAGCCCUAGAUAGUUUCUUAUCAGCAGUGAUGACCUUCUGGGUAGCAGAGUAUUUGGUAUGAGUGCCCAAUGCUGGGAUCCAAGUCUUACUUUUGUACAGUGUUGUUUGAGCCAAUAAAGAUGCUGACUUUCUCA